AUGGAAGCGUUUACAAAAAUGGGAAACCAUAUGGUUUCUGACUCUGCAGCUACUAUUAAUGCUAGUGGUGACGAUAUCUCAACGGCAGACGGCGACGAAAGCGUGUUGAACAUGGCGGGCGGGCCUCAGAAACGAAGACAUGAUGAUGAAGACGAAGGCUCCGAUACUCUCGAUGAUGACGACGAUGAUGACCUGGAGAGCAUGGCGAGUGUAGCCAUUGGCGGUGCCGGCAAGACACAGGCAAGCAAGACAGAGGAGGAAAAAGAACUUCCCGCACACGCUUGCGGCAGUGUUGUCAAAUGCUUGACCUGCAACAAGUGGUUUUGCAGUGCUCGUGGAAACACCUCGUCCUCGCAUAUCGUGAACCAUCUGGUCAGGGCUCGCCACAAGGAAGUUCAGCUCCAUCCUGCGUCGUCGCUUGGUGACACUAUAUUGGAAUGCUAUAACUGCGGAACGAAGAAUGUUUUUCUUCUCGGGUUUAUUCCGGCAAAGUCUGAUACUGUCGUUGUGCUGCUUUGCCGUCAACCAUGCGCGGCCAUGCCCUCUUCAAAGGAUAUGAACUGGGACACAUCACGAUGGCAACCUCUAAUGGAAGAUCGUUCGUUCUUGCCGUGGCUUGUUUCUGCGCCAUCUGAUCAAGAACAGCUCCGAGCUCGUCACCUCAGCCCUCAGAUGAUUGCCAAGUUGGAAGAACUAUGGAAGGAAAACGCCUCAGCAACUGUGGAAGACUUGGAGAAAGCUACAAACGUAGAUGACGAGCCAGCUCCGGUUUUGCUCAGAUACGAUGAUGCCUACCAGUAUCAAAACGUAUUUGGUCCCCUGGUCAAAAUUGAGGCCGACUAUGACCGCAAGUUAAAGGAGGCCCAGUCGCAAGAUGGCCUCACCGUGCGAUGGGAUCUUGGCCUGAACAAUAAGCAUCUUGCCAGCUUUGUUCUCCCAAAGCUAGAGCUUGGUGACGUGAAGCUUGCUGUCGGUGACGAAAUGCGUCUCAAAUAUGCCGGGGAGCUUCGACCAAAGUGGGAGGGCGUUGGAUACGUUAUCAAAAUCCCCAACAAUCAGUCCGACGAAGUUACCAUCGAGCUGCGUUCAAAGGGAGACCACAAGUCUGUGCCUACAGAGAUAUCCCAUAACUUUACUGCGGAUUAUGUCUGGAAGGCCACCUCCUUUGAUCGUAUGCAGCUUGCAAUGAAGACCUUUGCUGUGGACGAGAUGAGUGUGUCAGGUUACAUUUUCCAUCGUCUGCUCGGAAACGAGGUUGCUGCGGCCCCUAUGAAGACCCAGAUGCCGAAGCAAUUCAGCGUUCCUGGCCUCCCUGGCCUCAACAGCAGUCAAAUUAAUGCCGUCAAGGCAGUAUUACAAAAACCCCUGAGUUUGAUCCAGGGUCCACCUGGAACUGGAAAAACUGUCACGUCAGCGACCAUUAUCUAUCACCUUGCAAAGGUCAAUGCAGGCCAAGUGCUCGUCUGUGCCCCAUCGAACGUUGCCGUCGACCAGCUCUGCGAAUGUAUUCAUAGAACCGGACUGAAAACCGUUCGUGUUACUGCAAAGUCACGAGAAGAUGUUGAAUCACCAGUUCGCCACCUUUCCCUUCAUGAACAAGUCCGCAACAAUGACAGCAAUAUUGAGCUUGUUAAGCUUAACCAGCUGAAGACUGAGCUGGGUGAACUUUCCAGCCAGGAUGAAAAGAAAUAUAAGCAGCUUACCCGUGCUGCUGAGAAGGAGAUCUUGACUAACGCCGACGUUAUCUGCUGCACUUGCGUUGGUGCCGGUGACCCACGACUAGCAAAGUCAAAGUUCCGAACCGUUUUAAUUGACGAGUCGACCCAGUCUGCGGAGCCAGAGUGUAUGAUCCCACUUGUUCUAGGAUGCAAGCAGGCUGUCCUUGUCGGUGAUCACCAGCAGCUUGGACCUGUCAUCAUGAACAAGAAGGCUGCCAAAGCUGGAUUGAACCAGUCUCUCUUCGAACGACUUGUUAUUCUAGGAUGUGCGCCUAUCCGUCUAAACGUUCAGUACCGCAUGCACCCCUGUCUGUCUCAGUUCUCUUCGAACAUGUUCUACGAGGGUUCUCUCCAGAACGGUGUCUCCAGCGAGGACCGUCUGCUCAAAAAUGUUGAUUUCCCUUGGCCUGUUGCAGAUAAACCUAUGAUGUUCUGGUCGAACUUAGGGAAUGAGGAAAUAUCUGCCUCCGGUACAUCCUAUCUCAACCGCACUGAAGCUGCCAAUGUCGAGAAAAUUGUUACUCGUUUCUUCAAGGCUGGCGUUAAGCCAUCCGGGAUUGGUAUCAUCACUCCAUAUGAAGGUCAGCGCAGCUACGUUGUCAGCUCUAUGCAGUUGACCGGUACGUUCAAAAAGGAGUGGUACAAAGAAAUUGAAGUCGCAUCAGUCGAUGCAUUCCAGGGCCGUGAAAAGGAUUUCAUUGUCCUUUCCUGCGUUCGAUCUAAUGACCACCAAGGAAUUGGUUUCCUUAGCGACCCUCGUCGCCUGAACGUGGCCCUUACCCGUGCGAAGUACGGCCUGGUCAUCCUCGGAAAUCCCAAGGUUCUAUCCAAGCAUCCGCUGUGGAACUAUUUGCUACGCCAUUUUAAGGAACAAAACUGUCUUGUAGAGGGCCCACUUUCCAACCUGCAAACCUCCCUCAUUCAGUUCAGCCGACCAAAGCAAGCUUACCGCGGCCCUCAGCGUUUCCAGAUGUCAUUUAAUCAUGCUUCUAACGUCGAUAGCAGCAUGCUGAAUGGAAGGAAUGGACACCACCACGAUUAUCACGAUGCCGGAUCAGUCGUUAGCUAUAUCCCAGAUGACGUUUCUUCCGUACAUUCAUCUGCUCUGGGUGGUGUCGCCAUUCCAUCUGGAUACCCGCAUAUGUUCCAAAACUUCACCGAAUCGUGGCCUUCUGGCCCCAAUAACCGACGUCCAAACGGUUCCAGGAUGAGGGGCGCUCCAAGCGUUGCGGGCGAGUCCGUCGCAGCUACGGAGUCCGAUGUUACUGGCAGCGUCGUUGAUGGAAGGAGUACCAUUGGUCAAGGUGGGGUCAGCCUCUCAGGCCUGAGUAUCCAUGAUGUCCAGAAGCAGACCAGCCUGAGCCAGUCUGAUCGUCUGAAGCGCUACGUUGAAUCAAGCGGUCGUCCCGAGACGUACCGAAGCGGAACUGACGCCGGAAGUGUCUUCGGUGGAAGUGCUGCUGGAAUCCGUGUCCCACGCCAGAACCUAGGACAUUCUGGAGACGACGACGAUGCCCGCAGCGUCUCAACCGCGUUUGCAAGCCAAGUCGGAGGAAACUAUGACUGA